CAGAAAGAACAGUAAAAAUGCAGGCAGGGCGCCGGACAAAGCACUCGGGACAAAAUGAAUGGAAUACUAUGUGAUUUUAGUGAAUGUCACUUUUUCCCAUUUUUAAUUUUCCCGCCAUACGUCCCGACGUCGCAGGGAACGGAACCCGGAAGACAGAUGACGGCAUCGGCCGGAGGACAUGGCCGGGGACACUGCAGGGGGGACAUCGCGGGAGCGCAGGACAAGGUAAGUGCAGAAGAGAUCCCGGAGCAACGCUGCGGUGUAUUCCCAAGUGUAGCUCGGUGUUACCGCUUGUGG